AACAUGCACUGGAGUUUUAACGUGAAUGUCUUACACACGUUGUUUGUCAUUUGCGAUAUCUGAACUUAACAUAUCAGUGACGUGUCCCUCGAUCCUACUACCAACCUUUUAAAAGGUCGUGUAGAGAUAAGGCAUCAAUCACACAGGUCGGGGUCGGCAUAUCGAUACGACAUAUACACUAUGCUAUUGUUUUGGUUAACUGUCUUAUUCGUCGUCGGGCAUACGUCGGCAGCCGACACGGCGGCACAGAUCCGUUUCCUGUUGGACGAGGAGACGACGUUACGUCAGACGCUGCAGACGCGCGUUCAAGGUCUCCGUCAGAGAGCAGGCGCUUUAAACGCCUCAAUUGUGCCAUGCUCGUGCGCUUCCCCACCCCCGCCUAAACAUGCGCGACAGCUGUCAUACACCGGAACUAUCGGAGACACCAUGACCAGUCUGACUUCCGCCACGCAGUUCAACUUCUCACAAGAUCUCGUCAACGUAGGGGGCGCCUUUAGUUUACGUGACGGUCACUUCCGGGCGCCAGUUUCAGGUAUCUACGGCCUCUCGUUCGCCGCGCACAAAGUUCCCGGCGGCUGGGUUGGGAUGACACUGGUACGGGAAAACAGCCCUAUUCUGAACACGAAGACCGGUCACUACGCGUACAGUACCAUAAAUCGUCAGGUAUCCAUGGGAACCAACUUCGUGCUGGUCAACAUGACCCAGGGUCAAGAGGCGUGGCCCAAGUACAGCGACGGUUCAGCGAGCCUUGACGGUCAAGGCGUGUCAACUUUUUCCGGGUUCCUCCUGUAUGAAUUCUAAGUUUAAUUGGAAUGAAUAUUUGUAUGAAUAAUAUCAACACUAAUACAGUAAAUACUAGUA